GCAUUAAGGGGAUGGAGGCAGGAAGGGAGCAACAGGGAUAUGAUCCCGUAGGAACCCUCCUUCUCAAGCUACGCCAUAUCCAUGUGGGGCAGGCCGUUGGCGGUUUCGGGACCGCGCAGGGGUUGGAGAAACUGAGGCCAAUGUAGAACAAGGAGGUUUAGCGGCGCCGAAGGAGUGAGCGGCAGCUUGUGGCCACAAGAGGGCGCCCGGAAACACCGCCUAGCCCCCGCCCUGGAGCUGGACUCUUCCCUGCUUCCCUCCCAGGCCUCGGUCCACCGCCAGCCCUCGCCUCUGUUCUGCGCGGGUCCUCUUGGCUUCUCAGGCACUCCAUUAUCACGGCAGCAGGUAUGGCGGCAGGCGUGGAGCAGAGCGAGGGCACCAUCCAGGUGCAAGGCCAGAGUCUCUUCUUCCGAGAGGCACGACCGGGCAGUGGGCAGGCUCGUUUCUCUGUGCUGUUGUUGCAUGGUAACCGCUUCUCCUCCAAGACCUGGCAGAACCUGGGUACGCUGCACAGACUGGCCCAGGCUGGCUACCGGGCUGUGGCCAUUGACCUACCAGGUCUGGGGUGCUCCAAGAAAGCAGCAGCCCCUGCCCCUAUUGGGGAGCUGGUCCCUGGCAGUUUCCUGGCAGCUGUGGUAGAUUCCUUGGAGCUAGGCCCCCCGGUUGUGAUCAGCCCAUCAUUGAGUGGCAUGUACUCCCUGCCCUUCCUCACGGCCCCUGGCUCCCAGCUUCGGGGCUAUGUGCCUGUGGCCCCCAUCUGCACUGAUAAAAUCAAUGCUGCUGACUAUGCCAUUGUGAAGACUCCAGUUUUGAUUGUAUAUGGAGACCAGGACCCCAUGGGUCAAACCAGCUUCGAGCAUCUGAAGCAGCUGCCUAACCACCGGGUGCUCAUCAUGAAGGGGGCAGGGCACUCCUGUUACCUGGACAAACCUGAGGAGUGGCAUGCAGGGCUGCUAGACUUCCUGCAGGGGCUAGCAUGAGGCCCAGCCUUGCCAAUUGGGGGUGGGCUGCCUGCCUGCCUUGAGAUAUCUCUCUCUCUCUUCCCUCCGUGGGGUCUGGUUCAUCAUGCACAUGCAACAGGUGUGUGUGUCUAUAUGUCUUUUCUGCUUUUUUCUCUUGGAGUGACAGACUGAUGAGGUAAAAUCAAGAGGAAAAACUCAGGAAUCGAGGGACAUAAUUUGGUGGAGGGUAAUCCAUUAGAUGAGCUUCUCUGCUAGGUUUUCACUCCUUCCUCUGCUCUGCUCAGCCUUCCCCUCCCAAUUCCUCCUCCAACUGCCCUGCAAGUCAGUCAUUCAUCCCAUACACUUCCCAACCUCUUUUAGGCCACAGAUAUAUACAUGCACAUAGGCAUGUCUAUGUGUUUAAAAGUUGUCUAUGUUCCCAAAUAUGACCCUUCCCUUGGAAGCAACUGCAUAGGUACAUGUAAUUCUGGACUGACCUGCACAUUCUCACAUCCACCUCUAACCAUGUAGCACAUCACUGGCUGGGAAGGUGGGGCCCACAUGGGCCAGCCCUUAUAGGAGACCCUUUUGGCCGGCUUAGGUUGUGGCCAGCCCUGGAUUCUACUCAGUCACAGGUUGCAGCUGGCCGCAGCUCCGAAAUGCCCCACAGAGGAAGGGGCCACCUCUCUGCCUCUCAUUUCUUGCUUUUCUCCUUCCUGGGUGCUCCACACCUCCCCAGGUUAUUAAGCCUGGAUCUUCCCAGCCAAGCUGGUUUUCUGCUGUGAGGUUUUGGGGUGGGGGUGGGGAGACAGAGUGGAGGUCGGUGAAAUAAAGUGAUGCAAUUAGA